CGAGAACCAACGCAAGACAUUUGCCCAUGUGCUACCCAGGGUCGAAUCCAAAUGUCCGUGUAAAAUGCUCAGCUCGCUUCUCCGUCUCCAUACCCAUCCCGCCGCCCUAACCGCCUUCGAGAAUCUCUCGCAUUCCUCUGAUGGGCAUCAAGACCUCCAGGGUCCAGACUCCAGAGAGGAGCCUAUUAACUAUCGCCAGCCAUACAUAUCACGCCAACUCCAUCGGCCACCGGAUGGACGCCGGACGUGUUCGUGUGACAGCCCUCGCCGAGAACUACCCGCCGUGCCUCUUCCGAUAAGACUCUGAGCAAGCCAUCCCUAUCGCCAUUGGCUGGAUCACGUAUAUAACCAUAGGGUGCUGCUCUCAUAAUUUCCUAUCCCUUCUAGCUCUUUUUCACCACCAAAAUGGGACUUCGAUUCCGUAUGCCAAAGCUGGUGGUGGAGGGGUCGAAAGGGCGAGAUGCCUCUCUUGAGAACGAUGACCUGCUUCCUAUUCCUAUCGAGAGGCGAACAUGGGACUUUAUGACAUUCAGCGUCUUCUGGUUCUCCGCCGUGGGGACUGUGGCAAACUGGCUCGGUGGUGGAUCGUUCUUGUCUUACGGUAUCUCGGUCUGGGAUGGUAUCCUCUGCAACUUCUUCGGCUACCUCCUGAUCUCCUUCUUCAUGGUCAUUAACGGUCGUGCCGGCUCCGUCUACCACAUCGGUUUCCCAGUCUACUGUCGGUCUUCUUUCGGAGUCUACGGAUCCUUCUGGCCCGUCUUCAACCGCGCUCUCUCCGCCUGUGUCUGGAACGGCGUCAACACUGUCACCGGCGGGCAGUGCAUCUACAUCUUCCUUCACUCCAUCUUCCCCUCCAUCGCUCGUCUUCCCGACAAGAUGCCAUCCUCUUCAGCACUGUCCUCGGCAAACAUGAUCGGCUUCUUCUUGUUCUGGGCAUUCACGGCCAUGGCCUUGUUUUUGUCGGUGCCAAAGUGGAGAAUCUUGAUCCAUGUCAAGCUUGUCGCCUACGUCCUCAGUUCGGCUGGCAUGCUCGCUCUUGCGUUGACGCACAGCGGUGGAGUGGGCGAUACGCUCACCGCCAAGGCGACGGUGCAUGGGAGCGAGAGGGCAUGGUUGAUCGUUCGUUUCACCUUGCUCUCGGCGGCGGGAUGCUCGACUUUUGCUAGUAACGCAAGCGAUUGGCAGAGGAACGCUACGCAUCGCCGAGACCCCAUCUUCGGUCAAAUAUUCGGAUUCCCCUUGUCUAACUUCAUCACGACUCUCUUUGGCAUGAUCGUAGCCGCCUCUUCCGAACGCGCUACCGGUACCCUCAUCUGGAACCCCCUCACAUACCUCGACCAUAUCCUUACUACCAACUACGACGCCAAGACCCGUGCGGGCGCUGCCAUCAUCUCUGCCGGCUUUGCGUAUUCGGCAUUGUUUUCCUGUGUGUUUGAGAAUGUGUUGCCGGCGGGGAACGAUAUCAGUUCGUUGGCGCCGAAAUAUCUGUCUAUGAAGAGGGCUUUUGCAGUCUGUAUGAUCGUCACUGUCGUUAUCUGCCCAUGGUACCUCCUCGGCUCCGCCUCCAUCUUCAUCUCCUUCAUCUCUUCCUACCAAAUCUUCCUCUUCGCCAUCAUCAGCGUCUGCCUCGUCGACUACUAUAUUAUCUCUAAAGGCCGCCUCGACUUGGGCUGGAUGUACACGGCGAACAAGGAGGGGAUGUAUUGGUACAAGUGGGGUAUCAAUUGGAGGGCUAUUACGGCGUAUGUCGUUGGGGCGGGGGUGAACUUUGCUGGGUUUUUGAACAAUAUGGGCGUUGAAGGUUUCUCCACAUCUGUCGUUCGGUCUUUCUACUUUGCGUUCAUCACCACCGGCUGUGCAUCUGGCCUGACAUACUACCUCCUCGCGGCAGUCUUGUUCCCUCAAGAAAACUUUAAGAGAUUUAGGGGACUGAAGUUUAGGGAAUGGACAGAGGAAGAAGUAGAAAUGUACGUCGCUGGAGCACCUUGGAGAGAUGCACCGGGAGAGGUCGGGAAGCCGGAGAUGGGAGAGGAUGGGGUACCGAUUAUAGGUAUGAGCGGGGGGGAUGUGUAUACGCGUACGCCGGAGGAGGAUGAGAAGAAGGUGUAUGGGACGACUAUGGCGGUUUUGGAGGUGUAGUUUGGGCUCAUAUUAUAGGUGAUUUGGCGUUUCUCCCAUGGGUGGUACGAGUUGUAGUAGUCUGCGUAUUUGGUUGUUUUUCUAUAUAUUGAUGCAUUCCUAUAGUAUUCUUCG